AUGGCCGCCGCUCCGCCCGCCGCGAAGCUGUUCAUCGGCGGCCGAUGGGUCCCCCCCAUCCACGGCGCGUCCAUCCCCGUCGUGAACCCGCACGACGGCUCCACGAUCGGCGCGAUCGCGGCGGGAACGUCCGAGGACGUCGCGGCCGCGGCGUGGGCGGCGAAGCACGCGUUCGCGGAGUGGAGCGCCACGACGGGCGCGCACCGCGCGUCGAUCCUCCGCGCGAUCGCGACGGAGAUCAAGAAACGCAAAGACGCGUUAUCGUCCACGGAGACGAACGACUGCGGGAAGCCCCUGGAGGAGAGCGAGUGGGAUAUCGACGACGCCGCGGCGUGCUUCGAGUACUACGCGAGUCGAUGCGAAGCGAUCUUCGGAUCGGCGUCCACCGCGUCCAAGCCCGUGUCGCUCCCCGACGCGUCGUUCCGAGGGACGCUCGUGAAAGAACCCCUCGGGGUCGUGGGCCUCAUAACGCCGUGGAACUAUCCGUUACUCAUGGCGGUCUGGAAAGUCGCCCCCGCGCUCGCGGCCGGCUGCGCCGUCGUCUUGAAGCCGUCCGAGCUGGCGUCCUUAACCUGCCUCGAGCUCGCGGACGUCGCGCGCGUCGCGGGCGUCCCGCCCGGCGUUUUCAACGUGGUCACCGGCGCGGGCGCGGACGCGGGCGCGGCGGUGUGCGUCGCGCCCGGGAUCGAUAAGAUCGCGUUCACCGGGUCGUUGGCGACGGGAAGGCGGGUCGCGCGCGCGUGCUCGGAGGAACCGAAGCCCUGCUCGCUCGAGCUCGGGGGGAAAUCGACGCUCGUCGUGUUCGACGACGUCGACGUGGACGUCGCCGUGGAGUGGGCGAUGUUCGGGUGUUUCUGGACGAACGGGCAGAUUUGCAGCGCGACGAGCCGCGUCCUCGUGCACGAGCGCAUCGCGGAGGCGUUCAAGAGGAAGUUACGCGCCGCCGUCGCCGGGAUCGACGCGGGCGAGCCGCGCCGUAAAGGGUGCCGCCUCGGCCCUCUGGUCAGCGCGGGCCAGCGCGAUAAGGUGUUAGCGUACAUCGCGAACGGAAUAUCAAACGGCGUGGAGGUGCUGUGCGGGGGAUGCGAACCGCCGCGAGGGAAGCACGUCCACGCGGCUGGGUACUACGUCGCGCCGACGAUUUUUUGGAACGUCCCGCAGAGCGACCCGCUGUGGAAGGAGGAGAUCUUCGGGCCGGUGAUGUCCGUGAGGGAGUUUCGGGACGAGGACGAAGCGAUCGAGAUCGCGAACGACAGCGAGUACGGCCUCGCGGCGGCGGUGUUAUCGAACGACGACGCGCGGUGCGAGCGAAUGACGGGUCGGUUUCAGGCGGGCAUCGUAUGGCAACAGUGCUCGCAACCGUGCUUCGCGGAGCUGCCGUGGGGCGGAAAGAAACGCAGCGGGUUCGGGAGGGAUUUAGGCGAGGACGGCAUGGAAAAGUACUUGCACACGAAGCAGGUCGUGCGGUACGCGAGCGAGGAGCCGUUCGGGUGGUACCCGAGCUGUUCGAAGUUGUGA